GCCCACGGUGAGGUGGUUGCCCAGGCAUGGAGGGCAGGCGGGGGCCCGGGGGCACCCACCCCAUCUCCAGGCUGUGAGCAGGGGGUUGGGAAAGGCGUGUGUUUCCCUUUAAGAGGCAGGCCCUGGAGCUGCUUCCUCUCAGCCCUGCAAGAGCCCUAAACACAGUGCAUCUGCCUGCAGCCUGCCAGCACGCCUGCCUGCAGCCUGCCUGAAACUCAGCGAAGGUGAGCAGCGGUACCGACUGCGGAGGAGAGCCCAGGAGUGAGCAACCCAUGCCCGGGCUCAGGGUUUGGCCUCGCUCCCCAGCCAUGCUGCUGCUCCCGCUGCUCCUGGAGGCCACCCUGCUGCGGCUGGGCAGCAGCUCCCACCACCCCUUCUACAACGGCUUCUACUACAACCACAUCAUGAACGACAAGGGCAGUGGGCAGGAGAAAGUGGUUUACUUCAAUGGAGCCAAACUGAUAGUGGACACCCCCAAGGACCCUGUCUACAGCUCCAGUGGCACCAAUGUCACCCUGCCUUGCCAGUACCACUACGAGCCUGACCAGGAAGCCAAGCGCAAGAUCCGCAUCAAGUGGUCCAAGCUGCGGGAUGACUACACUAAGGAGCAGGAUGUACUGGUGGCCAUCGGGAAGACCUACGUGGCCUUCGGGAACUUCCAGGGCCGUGCUCACCUCCGUCAGGCUGGGCGACAUGAGGCCUCACUGGUCAUCAGUGAUGUGCGCUUGCAGGAUGAUGGCAAAUACCGCUGUGAGGUCAUUGAUGGGCUGGAGGAUGAGAGCGAUGUGGUGGACCUCCGGCUGCAAGGUGUGGUGUUCCCUUACCAGCCUCCCCGCGGGCAGUACAGGCUCAACUUCCAUGAAGCUGAGCGAGCAUGCCAGGAGCAAGGUGCCAUCCUCGCCACCUUCAACCAGCUCUUCCAGGCCUGGAGCGAGGGGCUGGACUGGUGCAAUGCGGGCUGGCUGGCCGAUGGCACUGUGCAGUACCCCAUCCGUCUGCCCCGCAAGCCCUGUGGUGGGCUGCACCUUGCCCCAGGCAUCCGCAGCUACGGCCCGCGCCACCGGCACCUGCACCGCUUCGAUGCCUUCUGCUUCUCCUCUGCGCUUAGAGGAGAGAUUUUCUACUUGGACCGCCUGGCUGGAAUGACGCUGGAAGAGGCCAAGCAGAGCUGCCAGGACGCAGGGGCUGAGAUUGCCCGAGUGGGGCACCUCUACUCUGCCUGGAAGUUCCUGGGGCUGGACCGCUGCGAUGCUGGCUGGCUGGCAGACGGCAGCGUCCGCUACCCCAUUGCCAAGCCCCGAGCCAACUGCGGCCCCGAGGAGCCCGGUGUCCGCAGCUUCGGCUUCCCCAGCCAGGGCAGGUUUGGGGUCUUCUGCUACAAGGAAAGAUAAGGAGCCGGAGGGUUCCUUCUUGGCCAGAGGAUGUUUCCAGCCUGACGGUGCCUGGUGUUUGGCAUUUCCCAGGGCUGUUUUGGGGGUGACUAGGGGGCGGUGGGAUGGCGGGGGGAGGCUUCUUUUUGUUUUAUUUUGUUUCCUUCCUUUAUAUUUUCCACAUCUUGCUCAGCAGCUGGCACAUGCAGCUGCUCGGGGUGGCUGCCAGCUGGGGCAGUGCUGGACUGUCCCUGGCAUGGGGUCCGUGCAAGAAUGAUCCCCAUGGGCUGCUGCCACCCCAAUUGGUCUCUGCCACCCUGUGGGUGGUGGCCCCUUCCCAUGGUGGCAGCAUGUCACUGACACCCGCCUGCCCUUCCAGGCUACUCCUGCCCGUGAGCUCAUGGGGUGGGAGCGAGGCGAGGCUGGAUUUGGCCAGAGGCAGAGAGCAGGUGUCUCUGUUGCAUCCUGGCCCCUCUUCCAGCCCCCCCUCCCCAUCCUGCUGAAGGAUGACGUUGUGCCUGUCCCUGUGGGAGUGCCAGUGCCUUAUCUCCGUGUGCCCCUCGCUCGGACUCCACUUGAACUCUGGUGCCUUCUUCUUCAAGCAUUUGGUUAUGAAAAGAUGUAUUUUGCUGGACCUCUUCUAAUAAAUUGGUGGAGAAUGCCCUGGA